AAACAGCAGAGACGAGUUGUUGAGCAUCAGACUGUUGACCCUCUGAGUCCUGUUUGUGUCUAAGCCGUCGUCUUCUGAUCCGCUGGGAAAAUGGCCGCUGUUUGGACCAGACUUCUUCUCCUGGGAGUGUUUGUUGCCGUCGCACACGGGCUGACGUGUCGCCGCUGUCCGAUCGCCAUCUUGGGGCGAUGUCUGGUCGCCAGCGAUGAUGUCGAAUGCGACAACUCGACCCGCAGCUGCUUCACCCGGACUGCGUCGUUCAAUGGCACUGGUUUUUUCCGACCUCAAAGCCAGGGGUGUGUGCUCACGACCUCCUGUGGCCGGACAGAGGCCGGCACCUUCCUGGGCUUCGGUUUUACCGGCUCCAGUGCCUGCUGCAGGACGGACCUGUGCAACGGAGGGACGUCGGUGCAGCUGUCGCUCACUGCCGCGGGCGUCGCCGUUCUGGCGUCGCUCUGGGCUCGUUAGACGACGCACGGCGCUACGAUACGUUCUCAGCAGACACAGUUACGCCUUGUUCACACUGCUUGCGUCCGUCGACGGAUGACCGAGGGCGUGUCUGACGUAUAGGGGACUAGUCUUUGUAGACGCAUACUGCAGCCAAUCAAAUCGCCUCCCUCUACAAAGCCAAUAUGUGGAUAUAAAUACAAAAGAUGACACAAACAACAGGUGACAAAAACAAUCCUAUCAUUCCACAUUUCUUUGAAUAAAUAUGGCGGACAGAUUUUUCCUGCUACUUUCUGCUUGUUAUUGCAAAAUAGAUCCAGUAGACGCGUGAAGUUUAUUUGCAUAACCGCGAUCUGAUUGGCCGACGGAUCUGGCGCUGCCUGAAAAGUUGAACAUUUCUCAACUUUUUGACGCAGGCCACGGAGCCGAAUGGACGGACGGACCCACAAUGCAUUUCGCGAGCGCCCCAUGCAAAGUGACUUGAACACUAAACAGAAAACACAGCUGUCAUUAGCACUGUCACUGACAGCGAUAUACUGCUUCACUUGUUAUGACAAAUGUACUGAUUGUAAGUCGCUUUGGAUAAAAGCGGCUGCUAAAUGGUAAUUUGUCAGCUGUCUAUCCUCUAUUAAACUGCAUUGAAGUGACAUGUUUGUUCCGUGCAUUAUUCAUUUGCAUUAUUAUGCAUGCAUUAUUCCUUUGCACAACGUAUUAUUCCUUUGCACAAAGAUUAGUAUGCUAGGACCUCGGUUAGCAGGCAUGUAUCGCGCCUAUUUUACAAUAAUCUCAAACGUUUCAUUAAUUCACAAACCAGACCAAUCAACCACGCGUGCCUUUAUGUUGCGAUCUCUGAAAUGAAAAGGGCUCGGAUCGUACAACACUGGGUGCCCAGAUACAGUCAUUCACGAUAUAUUUUUCAGUCGACAUUUUGUAGUCAGCAGGAACCAAAAAAGGUAGGUGGGAACCAAAGUGCCGGUGUUCGGUGUUUCCUGGGAUCCACGCAAGCGAAGAGCGUCUACAUUCCGAUUGGCUGUCAGUGUUUUGCCGCCAAACGCGUCAUAGUAAUUUGCAUAAAGUUCAGCCGUCUUCAAGUUUUUUUGGUCGCUCUGGUCGCUCACCUUUUGCCGCUGGUAGCGUUUGACGCUUGCGUCGCUUUGGUCGCUCUUGCCCAUAGAAAGAUGGAUAUGGGCAAGAGCAAAACUUAACUCAACUUAUCCAAAGAAUGGUGCUGCUUGAAUGGAAAUUAUUGAUAAAUGCAUUUAGGCAGGCUUUACCUUGCACAUGGCUGAAAUUGUUGAACAGAAAAAAAAAAAAAAAAACAGCUUCGUCUUCCUCCAGAAGAACUGCUCUGGUGCUCGAUCCGAGAUUAGCAUUCAAUCUCUAAUUGCUCCUAAACGACAAAUGAUAUGACUGUAAUGAGCUUUGGAUGUUGCUCGUCCACAGAGCGACAGAGGAUUUGUGUCUUUUUUAAACCACACAUGUUUUUUUAAUGGAGGCGUGUAUUUUGCAGAAAACACUCCCACCCAGUGGAUGUAUGGAGGACCACACAUCAGCUAAAUUGACCUAAUUUGGCAGACGUGGUGUCAAGCAAGUUAUUCUUACUGGUGAUUUUGGAGUGAUUUCAAACUAUAUUUAAUCUAUCCUCCUAACCCUUUACUGAGACUUAAAUGGAAGGCUUAAAAAGGCCUAGUCAUGAACACAGGGCUACAUAGUUGAUUGUAAGCCUAAUGGCUGAGUAGGCCUAUUGGCAAUUAGUUAUUAAUUAUCCAUCAUUAGUCAAUAGGCCUAAGUCACGACUCAAAAAACACAAAUAUUUACCAUUAUUGCACUUUAGAACGGCAUUCUAUCAUUAUAAAAUCGCUAUUGUAACAUAAAAAAAAAGUUUUUUUCCCCCUCAUUCUAACCCAUGGACAUAUUAAAGAAAGGACAGCGGACUAAAACAUGGCCGCCCAUUCAUUCCUAUGGAAACUGCUCAAUGGCACAGAGGAACAUCGAGAGAUUUGC